AUGUUUUUAGGUGUGAUUUUAUCAAUUGUUUUUGGUUUUAUGGAUAGUGGUGGUGUAAGAAAAGUUUUUGAAAUAGCUUCAACCGGCGAUCGAUUAAAUUUACCCAGUCUUUCGUUAAAUCCAUCGAUUCGUUAUACUGUUUUCGGUCUUACGGUUGGUAGUAGUUUAUAUGCUAUAGCUGCGAUGGCAGUUCUUCAGAUUUCUGCACAAAGAUAUCUAUGUGUCAAAAGCACACGAGCAGCUCAGGGAGUUGCUUGGUUAGGUUAUGCCUUCGUGAUCAUGACUUUAUUGUUGAGUUCGCUUGUUGCAUUGAUUCUCUAUGCAAAAUACAGUCAAUGUGAUCCAUUUCGAGCUAAAAUCAUUAAAAAACCUGAUCAACUUUAUCCACUUUUUGUUGUUCAAACAUUUGGAAAAUAUCCAGGCUUUACUGGACUUUUUAUUGGAAGUAUUUUGAGUGCUUCUUUAAGUACAGUAUCAAGUGGUAUUAAUAGUAUAACAACAGUCAUUCUCGAAGAUAUCUACAAACGAAUUUCAAUUUUUCCAUCAAUAUCUAAUGAACGAGAAGCACUGAUUUCGAAAAUUUUGUCAAAUGUUUUUGGCAUUUUAACAACACUCAUAGCAUUUCUUAUGUCCUAUUUUGAAAAUAAUAUUAGUGUGAUUGUGUAUCAAGUUGCCGGAUCAUUGACACCACCUAUUCUGAGCGUAUUUCUACUUGGAUUCUUUGCACCAAGAGUAAACAGUCGAAGUGUGCUUGUUGCCUUCAUUAUUUGCUUAAUAUUUCAAUCAUGGGUGCUGAUUGGAGCCAAUCUGACAGUGAAACAAUAUGCAGGACGAGAUGGACGAUUACCAGUUUCAGUUGAUGGAUGCUUACCAGCAUUAAAUAGGACUCUACAGCCAAUAGUUACCCAAAAAUCUAAUCCUUUGCUACCUCUUUACUCUGUAUCCUUCUUAUGGUAUAAUAUCAAUGGUGUCUUUCUUACGAUCAUUUUAGGCCUUCUUGGUAUUCUUGUUUUUGGUUCGAAUGAUCCGAAAUCAAUUGACAAAUCAUUGCUGUGUACAUGGAAGGAUGCAUUCGGUUGCGGUUCGUCCAUACAAACAAAAGAUCAAUUGAUGAAGGUGAAAAAUACAGAUAUUGAACUAGAAAAUCUACCAGUUGAAAGACAAGAAUUAUUGUAA